AUUUGAAUAGAAAAGUCAAAACUUUAAUUUUAGUCAACCACACCACACGCAUUUAUUGGUGAUACAUAUCAAUCAAUUAUCAAUCUUCUCAAUUAUUGCUUCUUCCAUCAUUAAAUUAGGGGUAAAUUACGAAAAAAAACCCAAACUUAGGCUAAAUUACAAAAAAACACCCUCACCUAUUCGUAAUUACCAAAACCCCCCUGAAGUUUGUCUCUAUCUUACAUCGACCCUCUUAUGGUGUGGUUUUUCACGGAAUCUUUUGGAGUCGUGGGAUUAUUCCCGAAAAAAUGCCGAUUUCACCCCAGACGUGACAUUAUACUACUUUUAAAAGACAAAAACUAACCUUAGGGGGGCCUCUACACGAAAUCUUUAUUCUUCUUAAAUAACACAUUCACAACUUUUUAGUAUCACCAUUACCCCUACGAGGUUAAUUUUUGUCUUCAAAAAGUAGCAUAAAGAAAUGUCACGGGUAGAAUUAGCAAUUUUGGCGAAAUAUUCACCGGAAUAGACAAGAUUUCGUGAAAAAUCACACCAUAAGGAGGUUGGUGUAAGACGAAAACAAACAUCGGGGGAGGUUUGGUAAUUACGGAUAGGUGAGGGAGUUUUUCGUAAUUUAGCCUAAGUUCAGGGAGUUCUUCGUAAUUUAUCUUUAAAUUAGUGAAGAAAAAGAUCAUUUCAUCAUUGUUUCAACAAAAGAUCAAGCAAAAUCAACUCUUGUGUACAUCAGCUGUAAAAUAGCACUCAACCAAUAAUCAUGACAUAUUAUAAGUAUGUGACAAUAGUCAGCUAGACAUAAUACUAAAGGAUUUAGAUCAUCUUGGGAGGUAGUGACAUGUCUGUAAAGUUAUUCUCAUCUCCUAAACAGACAAAGCCAACAUGGUCCAUUUUUUCUCAAAUAAUCCAACAACAAGUAUUAUUUUAAGGAGAAAGAAUGCUGACUUUUGCUGGCUGGCAAUGCAAUUUUCCAAAGAAUGGUUUGCUGUGCUAUGAAAUAAUUAUUUAUAAGAAUUGGUACACCAGCAACAUUUAUUUUGGACUUAAAGAAAUUCUCAACAUCAGUCUCUUCAUAGCAUAAACAGGUUGAAGUUCAGUGUCAGUGACUGUAGUGUGUGUGUGUGAGAGAGAGAGGGAGAGAAAGAGAGACUCCAUGGAUGAAGCAGCUCGAACAAGGCGGGGAGGAUGGACUACCUUUCCGUUUAUCAUAGGGACAAUGGGUUGCCUAACACUAGCAGCAGGAGGAUGGGUGGCAAACUUGAUAGUAUAUUUGAUUGAAGAGUUCAACAUUAAGAGCAUAAAUGCUGCUAAGAUAUAUAAUUUCGUAAACGGAAGCAUUACCUUGUUUCCUAUAGUCGGAGCAAUCAUCGCUGACUCCUUUGUCGGAUGCUUCUCCGUCAUCUGGUUUUCGUCUCUCAUCUCUCUCCUGGGAACAUUGCUUCUAGUUUUAACAGCAGCAAUCAAACACUUGAGACCCCCAACAUGCGAAAACGGAUCGAGUGAAUGCAAAUAUCCAUCACAUCUUCAAUUCGCAAUCUUAUAUCUCGGUUUAGCACUGGCAUCUCUAGGAACUGCAGGCGCACGUUUCACAAUUGCACCAAUGGGAGCGGAUCAAUUCGACAGCUCAAAGCAUCAAGGAAUAUUCUUCAACUGGUAUAUUUUCACAAUGUACUCAGCCACAGUUAUAAGCUCCACGGCAAUAGUGUAUGUCCAGGACAAUGUAAGUUGGGCAUGGGGCUUCAGCCUAUGUGCUAUGGCUAAUGUGUUUGGUCUGGUCGUUUUCUUGUCUGGAAGCCGGUUCUAUCGCAUUGUUAAGACACAAGGGAGCCCGUUUAAGAGCUUAGCUCAAGUUAUUGUUGGAGCUAUCAAUAAAAGAAGAAUGGUUCUUUCAGACAAAAGUGAAGAUUAUUACCAUGGUUUGCACGAAGACCGUUCCCACAAAACAGCAGCUAAGAUUCCUACACCUUUCUUCAGGUCAGCUUUUUCUACUUCUUGUGCAAACUAUGAACUAGGAUCUCAUAAAAAAAAAAUCUCUAUGAAAACUCUUACCGCGAUUUUUUACAGGUUCUUGAAUCGUGCAGCUUUGAUAACCGAAGGAGACACUACGCCAGGUGGCUCCAUUGCAAAACAAUGGAAACUAUCUACAGUGCAACAAGUGGAUGAUCUCAAAAGCCUUGUUAAAAUCUUUCCACUAUGGUCUACCGGUGUAUUCCUGUGCACCCCACUAGCCAUCCAAUUAAGCUUGGCUAUAAUCCAGGCCCUUACCAUGGACCGCCGCCUCCAUGGUGGGUCCCACUUCAGAAUCCCCGCGGGUUCCAUGCCCGUUUUCAUAUUAAUCUCAACUUCAGUCUCCAUUUUCAUCAUAGACCGCCUCUUAUUUCCACUUUGGGAAAAACUCACCAAAAGGCCACUCACACUUCUUCAAAGAAUCGGAAUCGGACAUGCACUUACUAUAAUUAGUAUGGCAGUAUCAGCGGUGGUGGAGCUGAAGAGGCUAAAUAUAGCGCACUCUAGGAAUCUCCAAAAUCAAACAAAUGUAGUUGUCCCGAUUUCUGCUUUCUGGUUGGUCCCACAGCUGGCGAUUGCUGGUCUUGGAGAAGCGUUCCAUUUUCCGGGACAAGUUGCACUUUAUUACCAAGAAUUUCCGGAAUCGAUGAAGAGCACCUCAACUGCAGCAGUUGCCAUGUUUAUUGGGAUUGCGUUUUAUAUUAGCAAUGCACUUAUUGAUCUGGUUAGGAGGGUGACAGGGUGGCUUCCAGACAAUAUAAACAAUGGGAGGCUAGAUAAUGUGUACUGGCUGUGCUGCAUAGUAGGAGGACUGAAUUUCGUUUACUAUAUAGCAUGUGCCACGUUGUACAAGUAUCAAAACGUUGAGGAACCGGAACAUGAUUGUAAUAAAAGUUGAUGAUGUAAGGACGUAUCAAGGACAGUAAUAAAGAACCUGCACAACUCAAAGUGUAUUCCGUUAGUUUUUCUCUACCAUCAUAAUUCCAUUUAACAAAUCUGGCUUAAGGAGGACAAAUAUAUGGCAAGCAACUAAGUGAACUCUACGUGAAACUCUUAUCUUUAACACUAACACUUGUUACAUAGAAAACAAGAACCAGUUUACUAUUAUCUAACUAGCAUUCAGUAAAUUGUGCUUCCAUAAUUCAGAGUGGACACAUUUUCUUGUA